UAGCUGCCAGGGUGUUGUCGGACACAGUUCCUUUUCUCCAAAACUUUUUUUCUUCCAUGGCGUUGGUUAGUAAGCGGUAAUAAAGUGGUAAGUCGCAAGAGAGAAGUCGAGAGCAACGAGGACUUUAAGACGUAACGGUCGCUUUUUUGGGGGGGAGAAGCCCACAGUUUUCCGCAUGAUUUUAUUUAUAAAUCUGCAAUCACGGUAGCUGGCGAGUUGCCGCAAGCUUUUAAAGGCUGCUAGGAUUUAAGGGAUCAAGACAGUGAAGGUAUUUGAAGUCGCAUUAACGAAAGGACACAAUGUUGCUACUUCACUUUUCAUUAUUGACUUUGUGGGCAGCGUGCAGUCAUGGAGCAAUGGAUGAAUGUAUAGGCGAAUCCAAUCGGCCUCAACGCUGCAUGCCGGAGUUUGUUAACGCCGCUUUUAAUGUAACCGUGGUGUCCACCAACACUUGUGGUUCACCCCCUGAAGAGUACUGUGUACAGACCGGGGUUACGGGGGUCACAAAAUCAUGCCACAUUUGCGACGCAGGAGACCCCAGGCAGCAUCACGGCGCUGCUUAUCUCACCGAUUACAACAACCAAGCGGAUACCACCUGGUGGCAAAGUCAGACCAUGUUAGCAGGCAUCCAGUACCCGCACGCCAUCAAUCUGACCCUUCACCUGGGCAAGGCCUUCGACAUCACCUAUGUGCGACUAAAGUUCCACACCAGCCGUCCUGAGAGUUUUGCCAUCUAUAAGCGCACUAGCGAGGAAGGGCCCUGGAUUCCCUACCAAUACUACAGUGGCUCCUGCGAAAAGACAUACAGCAAAACGAAUCGCGGCUUCAUCCGCACAGGAGAGGACGAGCAGCAGGCACUGUGCACGGACGAGUUCAGCGAUAUUUCGCCCCUCACCGGAGGAAACGUGGCCUUUUCUACACUUGAGGGCCGACCCAGUGCAUAUAAUUUCGAUAACAGUCCAGUACUACAGGAUUGGGUGACUGCCACAGACAUCAGAGUGACCCUGAACAGAUUAAACACUUUCGGAGAUGAAGUUUUCAAUGAUCCCAAAGUGCUCAAGUCUUACUACUACGCUAUUUCAGACUUUGCAGUGGGAGGAAGGUGCAAGUGUAACGGCCAUGCCAGUGAAUGCAUGAAGAAUGAGUACAGAAAACUGGUGUGUAACUGCAAACACAACACAGAGGGAGCAGACUGCAACUUGUGCAAGCCCUUCUACAAUGACCGUCCCUGGAGGAGAGCCACAGCUGACAACCCCAACGAAUGCCUGCCCUGUAACUGUAACGGCAAGAGCGCGGAGUGUUACUUCAACCCAGAGCUGUAUCGUGCCACAGGUCACGGAGGUCACUGCCGCAACUGUGCCGACAACACAGAUGGGCCGAACUGUGAGCGAUGCCUGGACAACUACUACAGAGACACUUCUGGCCAGCGCUGUCUCCCUUGCAGCUGCAACCCAGUUGGUUCUCUCAGUACCCAGUGUGACAACACUGGUCAAUGUAGCUGUAAGCCAGGAGUGAUAGGUGAAAAGUGUGACAGAUGCCAGCCGGGGUACCACACACUGACUGAGGCAGGCUGCAGGCCGUGCUCUUGUGACCUUGCCGGAAGCACACAGGAGUGUGAUGUUCAGACAGGACGCUGUCAGUGCAAGGACAAUGUAGAUGGCUUUAGCUGUGACAGGUGUAAACUGGGCUACUUUAAUCUGGACCCUCAGAAUCCUCAGGGAUGUACACCAUGCUUCUGUUUCCAGCAUUCCACAGUGUGUGACAGUGCUGAUGGUUACAGCAUACACACCAUCACCUCCACCUUCGACAGAGAUGAUGAGGGCUGGAAGGGGCAGCUGAGAGAUGGCUCCAGCAUGCCUGUGCAGUGGUCUCCCAGCUCUAGAGAGAUUUCGCUCAUCUCAGAAGACUACUUGCCCAUCUACUUUGUGGCUCCAGAGAAAUUUCUAGGUAAUCAGUUGCUGAGCUAUGGGCAGAACCUCACGCUGAACUUCAGGAUUCAGAGACAUGAUGCCCGACUGUCAGCAGAGGAUGUUGUACUGGAGGGGGCAGGGCUCCGGGUUGCUGUGCCACUUAUUGCACAGGGCAAUUCCUACCCAGGAGAAGGCAUGCAAACAUUUGUGUUUAGGCUCCACGACACCCCUGACUACCCUUGGAGACCCACCCUGAAACAUUCCGACUUCCAGAAACUUCUGCACAAUCUGACUUCUGCCAUGAUUCGUGGAACCUACAGUGAGAGAAGUGCUGGUUAUUUGGACAACGUUUCCCUCAUGACCGCCCGUCGUGGCCCUGGAACUCCAGCUCGUUGGGUGGAGAAGUGCGUGUGCCCUCAGGGUUACGUGGGGCAGCACUGUGAGAAGUGUGAUCUGGGAUACAGGAGGAGUCGACCUGAGCUGGGCCAAUUUAGCCCUUGCGAACCCUGUAACUGCAACAGACACAGUGACACUUGUGACCCUGUGACAGGAAUGUGUAACUGCCAGCACAACACUGCUGGCAUGAGCUGUGAGAGGUGUAAGGACGGCUUCUAUGGUGAUUCAACGGUGGGGUCUCCUACAGACUGUAAACCCUGUCCCUGCCCUGCAGGUGCCUCAUGUGCUGUGGUGCCCAAGACCAAAGAGGUGGUCUGUACUAACUGCCAAAGUGGCACCACAGGUAAGCGAUGUGAACUGUGUGAUGAUGGCUUCUUCGGCGACCCUCUGGGUGAGAAAGGUCCCGUCAGGGCGUGUCGUGUAUGCAGUUGCAAUAACAACAUCGACCCCAAUGCUGUGGGUAACUGUGACCGAGAGUCAGGCCAAUGCCUCAAGUGCAUUUACAACACCGCUGGCAGCUUCUGCGACCGUUGCAAAGAGGGUUUCUACGGUGACGCCCGUGCCGCAGAUGUAGCCGACAAAUGCAUACCAUGCUCGUGCUCUCCAUAUGGUACAGUGAACAGGCAGACUACCUGUUCACAGGUGACAGGCCAGUGUAAGUGCCUUCCAUAUGUAAUUAACAGAGACUGCAGUGCAUGCGAGCCUGGUUUCUACAACCUACAAAGCGGCAAGGGCUGUGAAAGAUGCAACUGCAACCCUAUUGGCUCCACAAACGGCCAGUGUGACAUUGUCAGCGGUCAAUGUGAAUGUCAGCCUGGGGUCACAGGUCAGCACUGUGAGCGCUGUGAGGUCAGCUUCUUCGGCUUCAGUUCCUCUGGAUGCAAACCUUGCGACUGUGACCCAGAAGGCUCCCAGUCCACCCAGUGCAGGGAAGACGGGCAUUGCCAGUGUCGUCCAGGGUUUGUGGGAGCUCGCUGUGACAUGUGUGAGGAGAAUUACUUCUACAACCGCUCUACAUCAGGCUGCCAGCAGUGCCCGAACUGUUACAGUCUGGUCAGGGACAAGGUUAACCAGCAGAGACAGAAGCUUCUUGACCUGCAGACUUUAAUUGAUAAUCUUGACAACAGUCAAGAUACAGUGAGUGACAAGGCCUUUGAGGACAGACUUAAGGAGGCAGAGAAAACAAUCAUGGACUUGCUGGAAGAGGCUCAGGCUAGCAAAGAAGUUGAUAAAGGCCUUUUGGAUCGUCUAAACAACAUCAAUAAGACCCUGAACACUCAGUGGAACAGACUGCAGAAAAUCAGAAACACAGUAGACGACACAGGCAAUCAGGCAGAUAGAGCUCGUAACAGAGUCCGUGAUGCCGAGGACCUGAUCAGUACUGCCAGAGAAGAGCUGGACAAAGCCAAGGAGGCAAUCAGUAAAGUGGACAUUAAAGUACCCUCACCUUCUGGAGAUCCAAACAAUAUGACGCUUCUGGCAGAGGAAGCCCGUAAACUGGCAGAAAAACAUAAAACAGAUGCAGAUCAGAUUGAGAAGAUUGCAAAGGACGCAAAUGACACUUCUACCAAAGCUUAUAAUCUUCUGAAGAAGGUGCUGGAUGGCGAAAACAAGAUGAGCAGUGACAUUGAUGAACUCAACAGGAAGUACAAUGAGGCAAAGGACUUGGCCAAGAACCUUGAGAAACAGGCUGCCAAGGUGCAUGCUGAAGCAGAGGAGGCUGGCAACAAAGCUCUGAAGAUCUAUGCUAACCUGACCAGCUUGCCCCCAUUUGACACCAAAUCGUUAGAGGAUGAGGCCAAUAAGAUUAAGAAGGAGGCUUCAGACCUGGACAAACUGAUAGAUAAGACAGAGAAGGAGUACAACGACCUGAGGGAGGACCUGAGGGGCAAAGAGACUGAAGUUCGCAAACUACUAGAGAAAGGAAAGACUGAACAACAGACGGCUGAUCAGUUGUUGGCACGUGCAGAUGCAGCCAAGGCUUUGGCUGAGGAGGCAGCAAAAAAAGGCCGAUCUACUUUCCAGGAGGCCCAGGACAUUCUGAACAACCUCAGAGACUUUGACAAGAGAGUAAAUGACAACAAAACUGCUGCCGAGGAUGCCAUGAAGCGAAUCCCGGAAAUCAAUGCGACAAUCAAUGCAGCCAAUGAGAAGACCCGACGGGCCGAGGCGGCUCUAGGAAAUGCAGCAGCAGAUGCUAAAGAGGCCAAGAUGAAGGCAGAGGAAGCUGAGAAAAUCGCCAAUGAUGUGCAGAAGGGCUCAGCCAAGUCAAAAGCUGAUGCAGAAAAAGCUUUUGAGGACACCAUGAAACUGGAUGGAGAAGUGAACAACAUGAUGGGCCAGCUGACAGCUGCUGAAAAAGAGCUAGAAAAGAAGAAAGCAGAGGCAGAUGCAGACAUGAUGAUGGCAAACAUGGCAUCUGACAAUGCUAAAGAAGCAGAGGGCAAUGCCCGGAAAGCCAAAAAUGCUGUCAGGACAGUGCUGAACACAAUCAAUGACUUAUUAAGCCAACUCGGCAACAUCGAUAAGGUGGAUCUGAACAAGCUGAAUCAGAUCGAUAACGCUCUAAAAGAUGCCAAGGAGAAGAUGGCAGGAAGUGAGCUGGACAGGAAGCUGAAGGAGCUGAAUGACAUAGCCAAGAGCCAGGAGGACAUGAUCACUGACUACGAUCGGCAGAUCCGAGAGAUUCGAACAGACAUCGCUAACCUCAACGACAUCAAGAAUACUCUGCCAGAGGGCUGCUUCAACACUCCGUCUUUAGAGCGGCCUUAACUUUCAUGCUACACCGCUAUGUCUGCCUUACGCUCUAAUCCCCUUGUCCAUGCCGUGGACCUCUACCAUGUCCGACACAUGGUCAAGAAGCCACCCUCAACCAAAACAGGCUUUGUUUUGUUUCAUAUCCUUUUUACCUUUUUUUUUUUGUUUUGUUUUGUUACUUUUAUUAGGUUUGUAAGACAUUAUUUUUUUCAAUCCAAAAUUUUCCUACAAGACAAUGAAAGCAGCUUUUAAUUUUCGAUGUGCAGAAAUGCUACAACGUGAAGAACUCCAAGUAAUGGCGCUCACCAACUGUGCGUGUGUGUGUGCGCGUGUGUGUGGGUGGGUGGGUUUGGGUGGUUUACAAGGAAAUUUUUUUAGGUUACAAACUGGUGAUUACUAGGGUAAUAUGCUAUAAAUGUGACAUUUCUAGUGUCCCCAUAAUUUAAAUUGCUUAAACAUACUAAAUGAUUUAUUGAAAAUGUAAAAAUGCAGAAAGUUUUUUUGUGAGGUUAGGGGUAAGGUUAGGGGAUAGAAUCUAUAGUUCCUACAGUAUAAAAAUCAUUAUGUCUAUGGAGAGUCCUCAUAAGGAUAGCUGCACCAACGUGUGUGUGUGUGUGUGUGUGUGUGUGUGUGUGUCUUACAGCAAGCUGCAAGAGAUGAUGUGUACCUCCUUGAGUUUAACGUAAACCCACAUGACUGGACCACCUCAAACCUUCCUGGUCUUUACAACAGAUUUAAGGGAAGGCCAUCAUGUGCUUGUUUUUAGCCAGAAUUAAAUGAAAUGAACACAGAAGCCAACCAUAAAGCGAGACUUCAGGAUUUUGUGUUUGUUUGGGGAAGUUUACUACUUAAGUUAGUAUAUAUCAUAAUCUAUAAUACUUUGGUCGCCUAUUACUACUCAUUCAAAGCUAACAGUGAAGGAAUCUUUAUUUGUUCAUAAUGCGCAUUUACUUUCUCAGUACCCCAUCCUAGAUCUGGUACUGACCCUGUCAUAUAUAUAAAUACAGUAUUCAGAUUAAGUGUAUAUAAAUUCAGUACUAAAAGUUGAGAGCAAGUUGAUUUCACAUGGGUUCAUACAUCACAAUGACCCACCAUGGUUGCAAUACAUUUCAUGUUUCUAUUUGUUUAAACACUACAAUUUCAUGUUUAUGUGUUUUUAUUUUUUUAAAGGCUGCUGCUUACUACAGGUGUACUGCAAAUCGUAUUAACAAGCAAAAUUCAACCCUAUGCAACUUUGUACAUUUGCGUAGCAAGACCUUUUCUGAUACACUGGUGCUAAUAAUUAUUUCAAAUGUUCUAUUUUUGUGUGAAUGUUGUUUUUUUUUUAAUUAUUAUAAUAUAGAGUUGAGGAACUGUUAUUUGUGUAAAUAUGCUUAAAUGAUUCAGGAAUGGCUGAUUUGAAACCAAGACCCAACCAGCCACUUCAUCAGUUCAUUUACAAAAAACAAAACAAAAAAAUCAGCCAAAACUUCCACAUAAUAUAUAUAUAUAAAUCUACAUAAUAUGUUCUGUGAUAUAUAUAUGCUUGCCUGUAUACAUGGCUCAGUGUUGCAUCAUAGCUCUGUCAUUUAUUUUACUUGUGGUUUAUUUUCAGCAGACAUUGCAUAAUGAGAACCCUCUUUAUUGACCGUUAACUUGCACACCCCAAAACAUGUCUGAACAUACACUAUAUGUCUCUAAUAUUUUGUAUUUAUCUGAAUGAUUUGCUUUACGUGAGACAGUAAUCAAAUGUUGCUAGUUAAUCAUUGUUAGUUUCUUGUGCCUAAAUUUAUGGACAUAAUCCAUGUCACAAUCUUCUAAAUGUGUUCUGCUUAUGGACAUCACAUCUUAACUUAUAAGAAACUCAAUGCUGAUGUCCUUUGAUUUAAGAAGCAAAGUGAUCUUUCUACAUUUCACUGUUUGUUUCUUACUAUUACCAUAUCAGUAGUUUCUUAAGUUAUGGUCUUAUUUAGACAAUUUUUUUAGCGAUUCCUCAGCCAACAUUUGAAAUGUUUAACUGAGAGAUUAAACUAUGGAAUGUGCCACUUAAACUGUAGACAAAUAGGCCUCUGCCCUCUCUCUACAACAGUGUGGACAUAAGUGCAACACGUACUCAUUUAUGUAUAAAACAGUAUUUUUAAUUUAUAAUGUAUCAAGUAUUUGUGAUCUCUUGUUCUUUAGUAAGAGUAUGUUUGAUGCACAGUUUUUAUGUGGUCCUUUGGUUCUAGAGAGUGUAACAGAUUUUAAAGACACCCCAUCCCUCUUUUAUCCAGGCAUUUUACAAACACACCCCAAAGGACCGACACACCUCUGCUUGUUACCCAUUUGCCUGUAAAUCCGAUCAUAACAUUUGAAUAAUAAACAGUGGUUAUUACAGGA